AUGCUCACUGGUAAAGAAGAAUUAGAUAAAAUCAAUCCUAAAGUAUCAUUGUUAUUUAUUACAUCUAAGAGUGCUAAAGGGAAUGCUGAAAGUGAAGAAUUGCCUUAAUAUCUAAGAUCUUCAUAUUCCCAAACAUAUUAAAUAUUGGAACCAACUAAAAUUCUAAAGGGAAAAAAAGUAAAUAUCAUUCUUAUCAAUAAUUAGGUUUUUCCUUAAUUUGCUUAUGGGAAUUCUCAUGAAGCUCCUACUUAUUUUAAAUUAUCCAACUCUUUAGUUUGUAAAGAAAGUUACGAUAAUCCAUAUAUAAAGAAUAAAGUACCUCCAUUAAGCAAGUUAGACUCUCUUAAGGGAAGCACUCUCAAUAAUUAUGAAUUUUAUAAUAUCUCUGAUUAGAGAUUCACUAAUCGAAAACCUACAGGUUACAUAACUAAUAAAAUAACAGAGUAUAAAAUUAAUCUCAAAAUUAAGUACUAUCACAAAUUAAGUUAAAUUUGUAUAAAAACCAUUAAAUGAUGACAAAGACUAAAUGUUUACUUUUGAAAGUGCUUAUAAAUCCAUUUAAGAUAAAUUAUUUAAUAAAAAACGAGGUAUGAUUUAAUCUUUAAAAUAAGAGCUUUUCACAGAUUUUGUUGAGAAAAAUGAUUUACUUAAUGUUUAUGGGCCAUUAAAUAUGAGAACAAGACCAAAAGAAUUUAGAGAAGUCAAAAAUUAUGCAUUAGAUUCUGAUUAACUCAAAUUAUUAAAAGAAUAAAGAUCAAGAUAGCAAAUCACUCCUACUAAUAGAAGUGGAUUUACUGAUCUUAUAAAAACUGUUCGAUUACCAACAAUUUCUAAAAAUUAAGGAUUAGAUACAGAUAAAUAUUAUAACAAAGAUUAACAUUAUCUCAAUUAAUUAUCUAAUUCAAUUAUAGUUGAAAAAAUAGAUGAGAAUAUCAAACAUAAAAAUAAAACUCUUUAAAGUUUCAAUAAAAAUAAACGUUCUAUCAAACACAAUACAGAAGACACUGAAAAUAUGUAAGGAAUUAUUGAUAUAUUUGAAAAGCAUUUAGAAUUUGAAAAAUAAUAUAAUUGUUGA